CAAGAUGCAUGGCCCCGGUUCUUUUCGUCAUGCCUCGUUAGGACGGCGUUAGUGUAAAGUGCUCGAUAGACGGACAUCAAAUGGAUCCAGAAACCGAGUUGCCUAGGUGAGUGACUCAAGCCCAGAUGGGAAGUGGGUUGAAAGGCAUGGGAUCUUCACGAGACCUCUUCAAGCUAUCAAUUCCUCCAGACAGAUAAACAGACUCCUCUCCCCUUCCUCCUUUUAGCUCCCUCUUCUCUCUUCACUGUCCCAAGUUAUCCUAUCCAUACCCCAUUCAUCCAAUCUGUCUGCCCCUCCACCACCUCCUCCGGCAAACAUCAUCCUCUCUUCACAUCCUCGGCACUUUUCGGUAUUAGUUUAACGAUUUCAUACCAUUAGCAUUUUCUUUUACAAAGAUACCCACCACAUAUUUCACAAUGGCUUCCGUCGAGACUCUUCUCCAGGGCGUCACCAUCAGCGGCCCCAUUGAGGAGCACCAGAGGAAGAUCCUGACUCCCCAGGCUCUCUCCUUCGUCGCUCUCCUCCACCGUUCCUUCAACCAGACCCGCAAGAACCUCCUCGAGCGCCGUCAGCUCCGCCAGGCCGAGAUUGACCGCGGUGUCCUCCCCGACUUCCUCCCCGAGACCAAGCACAUCCGUGAGAACCCCACAUGGAAGGGUGCGCCUCCCGCUCCCGGUCUCGUCGACCGCCGCGUCGAGAUCACUGGUCCCACCGACCGCAAGAUGGUCGUCAACGCUCUCAACUCCGAUGUCUACACCUACAUGGCCGAUUUCGAGGACUCCAGCGCCCCUACCUGGGCCAACAUGGUCAACGGCCAGGUGAACCUCUACGAUGCCAUCCGUCGCCAGAUCGACUUCAAGCAAGGCCCGAAGGAAUACAAGCUCCGCACCGACAGGACUCUUCCCACCCUCAUCGUCCGCCCUCGUGGCUGGCACCUUGAGGAGAAGCACGUCACCAUUGACGGCGAGCCCGUCAGCGGUUCGCUUUUCGACUUUGGUCUUUACUUCUUCCACAACGCCAAGGAGCUCGUCCAGCGCGGCUUCGGCCCCUACUUCUACCUCCCCAAGAUGGAGUCUCACCUUGAGGCCCGUCUGUGGAACGACGCCUUCAACCUCGCCCAGGACUACGUUGGCAUUCCCCGCGGCACCAUCCGUGGUACCGUCCUGAUCGAGACCAUUCUCGCCGCCUUCGAGAUGGACGAGAUCAUCUACGAGCUCCGCGAGCACUCCUCCGGUCUUAACUGCGGCCGCUGGGAUUACAUCUUCUCCACUAUCAAGAAGUUCCGCAACCACUCCUCCUUCGUCCUUCCCGACCGCUCCUGCGUCACCAUGACCGUUCCUUUCAUGGACGCCUACGUAAAGCUCCUCAUCCAGACCUGCCACAAGCGUGGUGUCCACGCCAUGGGCGGAAUGGCCGCUCAGAUUCCCAUCAAGGACGACAAGGCCGCCAACGACAAGGCCAUGGAGGGUGUCCGCGCCGACAAGCUCCGCGAGGCCCGUGCCGGCCACGACGGUACUUGGGUUGCUCACCCCGCCCUUGCCAGCAUUGCUCUUGAGGUCUUCAACAAGCACAUGCCUACCCCCAACCAGCUCUUCAACCGCCGCGAGGACGUCAAGAUUGGCCAGCAAGAUCUGCUCAACAUGAACGUCCCCGGCUCGAUCACCGAGGAGGGUAUCCGCAAGAACCUCAACAUUGGUCUCGGUUACAUGGAGGCCUGGAUCCGUGGUGUCGGUUGCGUCCCCAUCAACUACCUCAUGGAGGAUGCCGCCACCGCCGAGGUUUCCCGCUCCCAGCUCUGGCAGUGGGUGAAGCACGGCGUCACCACCGCCGAGGGCAAGCGCGUCGACAAGUCGUACGCCCUCAAGCUUCUCAAGGAGCAGACCGACGAGCUCGCCUCCAAGGCUCCCCAGGGCAACAAGUUCAACCUGGCUGCUCAGUACUUCGCUACCCAGGUGACUGGCGAGGACUAUGCCGACUUCUUGACCUCCUUGCUUUACAACGAGAUUACCAGUGCUGGUAACUCGUUGCCUGCUUCCAAGCUCUAAAUGCCGAGCUCGGGAUAUAAGGUGCAAGACGGUGAUGAGGGUGGAAAGGGAAAAGCAAAAUUGUACGGACAUCAAAGUACGAUGGAUGACAUGAGGGUGCUUUGAUGAUGAUGAGCGAUGUGGAUUUUCUUAUGAUCUUACUUUUCUUUGGGGUUCCGGAUAUAUCACAUCAUAUCAGUUUAGGCUUUCUGGUUUUUUCUUCUUAUCUUGGGAAAUUGAAACUUUACCCUAA